CACAAUUUAGGUAUAUGAGUACGCAGUCGGUGAAUUUAUUUACAACUAUUAUUUUGCAACCUAUGACAAUUGAGAAGCAAUAUAUUUUGAUUGUAUUUAACUCAUUGUGAUUUUUAUGAGACGUUAAGUACAGUUGAUAUAUAUAUAUAUAUUUGAUAACUGAAAUGUUAUGGUGACAGUGUUCUUGCUGGGGUAACUGAAGAAAUAUGGUCGUGUGUGUUGCUUGAAUUCUGGUGAAAAAGAUGUGUGAUCAAACUGAAGUAAAUUAUGCUGAUGGAGACGUUGUGUGGGUAAAAUUGGGUUCUUGCUUUUGGCCUGGCGAGGUCGUUGGCAUAGAGAAGCUACCCACCGACUUCAUCACGUCUUUUAAGAAGCCACCUAUAGCUGUUGUAAAAUUCUUUCAAGAAGAUACAUAUGAGUAUGUAAAGAAUCACUAUGCAAUUUACAAAUAUGACUGCAGUCGCAAAAAUGAAUUCAUUCUUAAAGGAUUAGAUAUGUACAGAAAGAAACAUGGACCAAUGGAGAAGUUUCCUGAGGAUGUUAUCCGUGCAGAAACAGCAGUAGGGGGCGAUAUUGAGAUAUUGACAAGAGAUGAAUUUCAAGAGACUAAAAAAGAAAGCUAUGCUGAUCUUUUUGCUGACCCUAGAAGAAAAACACCUGCUUCUACCAAAAAAGGAAAGAAUGCAAAAGGCAGGCCUUCUGAUAUUUCUAAGAUUUCAACACCAAUUAGAAAGCUCAAAGAGAAGACCAACUAUCAAGUACACAUAUUAGUACAGGGUUCUAAAACACCAAACCCUUCGGAAGAAGUAACGCCGUCUACAAGUAGAGCUGGUUCAGAACCACCUGAAGAGAAGCCAAUGGAAACAGACAGUAGCCCUUCAAAAUCAAUUCCUUCAAAUAGCACUCCCACAAUGUCAAGUCCUGGUAUUUAUGCUUGCCAUUCUUGUCCCUUUUCUACUUCUCGUCUGAAUGUCCUCAUUUUACAUAACAAAACUCACAGCACAACAUUUACACCUUAUAUACCUACACCAAUCAAAAAGAAACCCUUAAAAACAAGCAAGUCACCAAAAUCUGCAUCCGCCACUUCGAAAUCUACAAAGCCUCGUAAACCCCGACAAGAUAAAAUAGAUAUAGAAACAGAUAAAAAAGGACAGAAACGAGAAGCAGAAAAUAAUGGGAUUGAUAACAAUUUACCUGAUACAAAAAAAGUAAAAACAGACGAAGAAAUUAAGAGCAGCUUAUUAGCUGAUUGGGAUGAUGGAGAUGAGGACUCAAAUGAAGAAGAAACAAUUGCCACAGCCAGUUCUCCUGAUGUUCCUGUGGCUGCCGGAUCCCCAGCUGUUCCUACAUCGGCUGAAUUGCCUACCGAUCAAGUAUCAAGUGAAUGUGAACAGCAGGAAACGACAGACAACAAAAAGGUUGAACUUCUACCUUCAGAUAAACCAGAAACAUCUAAUGAUGCUAAAUACGACUUUUGUGAAGACGAAGAUUGGCCUGUAGAGGCAGAUGUUGGAAGAAAAAUUCCUCGCGUUAAACCCUUAAAACGAAAAGAAGACACGAAGAGCCUCAGUAUAGAUGAAAAUGAUGUGGCUAGAGAAGUAGCAGUAUUGCUAACUAAAACCAAUGUGCCCGAGUUACCAUCUGUUCCAGAGCCUUUAAAAGUAGAGGAAAAUUUUCCGGAACCUUCGAUUGUAAAAUCUCCGGAUAAAAAAACUGAAAAUUCUCCUGGAUUGGGCGAGCCACCCGAAAAAAAAGUCGAUGGUGAAGCUAACAGUCAAAAACCUAUUUUUAAAACUAAAACGUUUUUUCGUAGUAGACAUUCAAGAAGUCAAGAUGCAAUAGGGAAAUAUGUUGCAGAACAAUUAAAUGCAGCCGAGCGUCUUGACAUGCUUGAUAAUGAUAUAAAUGGUUCUGAAAUGUCGUCAUCGCCAGAGCCCAUUAUUUCCCCUCCCAUAGAACACAUAAAGGUUGCUCGAUUAGCUCCUAAAAUUCAACUUAAAAAAUUGAAUGCAGAAGCAGCACAGUUGCGUGAAAAAGAAAAGUAUGAGUUAGAAAAGUUACAAGAUGGCGGUGAGGAAAAAGAAUCUUGUAAUGAAGAAAAUUUGAUUCUUGAUACUACAAUAGAAAAAAUAACUACUCAAAAAAUUGUUACUGAAACCAAUAUAUUAGAAAGUUUUAAUGAUAUUCCUUCGAAUGAUGAUAGUAAUAAAGAUUCCAGUGAAAAUAUGUCAACAGCUGAAAACCUGAACACUGAAGUAAAUAACAGCCCAGAAGAGUCAUUUACUGAAAGAGAGCAAUCCAACGAUGUUAUCCAUAGUCAUCAGGAAUGUACUUUAUCAAGCAUAGAUAAGGAGGAUAUGAACGAAGAUGUAGAAACUGCACAGGAAGUUAUUGAAACACAAUAUAAGUCGUAUAUGAGUGAAUCUACUGCAUCUGCCGUUGAUGCCUUACUGAGUGUUUCAAGAGAAGCUGAUAGAGUAACAAAAGUUAUUAGUGUUGAUCCACCAGAAGACCUCUUUGAAGAUGAUCUCAAAGAAAGCGCUCUAACUUCUAAUAUUAACACAUUCGAGAUAUCAUCAAAUGGCAUAGAAAAUGAGAUACCAAGGAUUAACUCACCAGUUCAGCAGGCCACAGAUCUUAAUACAAACACAUCAGAUAAGCCUUUUACUUCUGAAAAAGAAAUUAUUCAACAACUUUGUGAAUCUGAUCUAUCAAAAGUAAAUAUCCAAAUGGAUGAUUUACCGAAAACCGAUGAAAAUGUAGAAAAUAACGAACCAAUUUCCGAAGAAAUACAGAAUGGUGAUGAUGAAAAGAAAAAUGAAGUUGACUUAAAACAAGACGACGAGACACUAAAAGUUAUUGCAAAUACACCAUCUGAAUCGGACUUGCAAAUUGCAGAAGCUUUAAUUAAUUUACCUUCUACAACCAUGCAAAAUAAAGUUUCUAUAGCUUAUACAGAUGAAAUAACGUCGGCAGGUAGUUUUGAAAGUAAAUCAACUGAAGAUGUUAUCUCCAAAGAUUCUAUUAUUGAAAAUUUUAAUAAUGACUUGCAUGAAAAGGUUAUUGAAGAUAAUAAAACAAAUACUUCUGUUCCAUUACUAUCAAAAGACAUCCGAUUUGAGAGCGAAGAAGAAAAAAGUGAAAAUUUGAAUGCAGCUCAAUCCUUGGUACAAAUGUCGGAAUCAAUUGAUCAUAAAAUAAAUAUACCUGAGGUUACAACUCCAUGCAAAGACAAGUCCGGUCCGGUUGACCCUAUUAAUAUUAAAAAACAAAGGUAUAAUGAUAAAACCCCUAUUAAACUAUUAAAUGAAAAUGUCACGGAAAAUGAUAAACUAAAUGGAAACAAAGGAAAAAUAGAAACAACAUCGAAACUCUUAAAAAUAUUAGAAGAACCCAGCACUUCUAGAGUCACUAUUACAAAUAAUGCGAUUGUCAAUAAAAAAGUAAUUGUUCCUCCAAAGGGAAAAAUUUUAAAUACUCAUGUUAACAAAUCAGUGAUCAAACCUAAACAGGUAGCUAAACAACAAAUUAUAAUUAGACGUACGACACCAAGCAAAUUACUUAAUAAUGUUACGGAAGUCACAACUGCCGAUAAAAUUAUUUUGUCACGUACCAAUAAAGCCACUGCCGAUGGAUCUGCAGUACAGAGCUACACUAUUCAAACAACACCCAAUAUUCAAACGGAGAAAAACACAAUUAUAAUUCAGCCAAAAAUAAGAAAAAUUACUAAAACUGCCCCCAAAUUGCAGAAAAUUAAACCACAAAUAACAUCACUUCCUACAAUAAUUAAUAACAAGUUAUCUAAAGAGUCAGGGAAACAAGCUGAUACAGUUUUCGAUAUAAAUUCUAUGCCAAUUGUUAUAUCUGACGAUGUUUUAACGCCAGAAAGCAUUGAAAAAAUGCCUAUUGUUAUGUCAGAUGGUAAUAUAAUUACUUCAUCGGCUUCUAAAGUAAUAAAGAAUAAAAAAAUAAUCACGAGUGAAAAAAUAACAGUUACAUCAUCUUCGAAUAAACAGGAUAAUAAAGGAAUUUCAACCCAUCAUAUUGUUCAUGAUGUUAAUAAAUUGACUCCAAAUAUAUUAUCUAAAUCAUCUAAGUUAAGGUCUUCCAAAACUAUGUUAGUGAUAGAUAAAGCUACGGGAAAACAAAAAUUAAUCAUGACCAAGUCUGAUGCUGCUAAUAAAGGUAUGAAACAACCUCAAAAGCUUAUACAAACUUCCCAGAAUAGUCCUAAAACUGAGAAAUUUGUUAUUUUACCUAAACCUAACUCCCCGCGACCCGCAAGAACCCAGAAAAUCGUCAUCGACCCACAGACUGGGAAAGCACACGUUGUAGUCGAAAAGGGACCACAAAGUGUCCCUGUAUCUGAGAGUAAACCUGUUUCGGCAAAGCUAAUACCUUCAUCUGCAGACUCAAAGACUCCUGGAAGUACUGUUAUGAUUAUUACCAAUGAGCAAGGUACGCAAUCGAGAAUAGUUCUUACGCCGGAACAUGAGAAAAUUCUUUUCCCAAACAAACAACAACCAAAUGUUUCGCAGUUAAAAACAAUUACACACCUUAUCUCUACAAAUGCCUCUACACAGCAAAAAAGCAUUAUCACGUCAGUAGCGGCCGCAAAGACUCCAACAAGGAUUGUUUCAAAGCCACAAAAAAGUGCUAUUAUAACCUCAAAAGGGCAACUCAUAGUAGGUGGACGAUUAGCACCUAGUACUCAAAAUAUCGCUCCACUACCAGAAAUUAGGCCUGCUACAAAGCGUCUUGCUGAACCUAAAAAGAUCGCUCCUAUGAUUCAAAAACAGUCGCCAGAACCAUUAAUUUUCCUGCAAAAAUCGGGUACGGUAAUGCAAUUGACUGCUUCUCAAUUUGAACAUUUGCAAAGAACAGGUCAAAUUAUACAAAAAGUUCCUGCACAAGAAAAGGUUAUAGUUCAGAAGACAAUUACAAUGUCGCCGACUGAGACAAUAGUUCCGGCUCAGAAACCGAGAGCACGCAAGCAGCAGACCGAUUCGGCUGCUCCGACAAAAAAAAUUAAACAUGAAAUUAACAUUGCGCCAGCACCACCCCCUGUUCUUGUACCUACCCCUGCUCCUGCCCUAAUUCCUGUGCCUGUCCCAGCCCUUACACCAAUAUGUUCUACCACAACCAAUCUGCCACUUGCAACCAAUAAUAAUGUUCCAACCAAUGCAAAUUCUACCCUCUAUUCUAACAUGGACAAUUUCGAAGAAUUGCUUCCGACAACAGCAAUCGCUCGUCCUGCUGAGAGUGUUCUUGUUCCGACAGAACAAAACUCACAAGCUCCUGCGGCGCCCCUUUCCGAUGGGCAACUGCUGGCAGUGCCUGGAGAGCAUUUUGGGGGACCUCAGGGGUCCUUUUAUCUUUGUGUUGAGGAAAAUGGCACUUUUACUGCUAUUGAUAAUCGCCCAUUAGUUUUGGAAAAUAAUCAACUAGUUCCGAUGCCGGAAACAAUUCCCGUCAUACCUCCUCAGCCCGAGAGAAGGGAUAUUCUAGAGGCAGCACUAGCUAACAGCGAUGUUUUUCACGCUGAAAGUACUCGCGAAGAGGCACCUGAUUUUCGAGAUCUCAAUGCUAACGUCUCCGUUCACUGCCGAGUGUCUGAAACUAGCACUACGCUAAAUCAGCCAAUCAUGACCCCAGUCGAAGUACCGUCGAAAGUGGUCUCUGAACCAGCCGUGCCUUCAAAUUUAGAUGAUGGUUUGGCUGUGAUUGGCGUGACACCUCACACUGUGCCUACGUCUCUGGAGCUUCCGAUUACCGUGACAGAUCCGCGCAUAGCACCUAAAACUACAGACCCUUUGAGUAACAGUAACUACAGAACGUCCCUGUUGCCGUCGCCCAGUACAGAGAUGACUUUUGCGGUUACUGAAGACAGUGAUGUAUCGAUGGUGGGCCCUAUUUCUAUGCCUCUUUUAACGGAAGAGGACUCCGUAGGUAAAUCUAUGCCCAUAUUAAUAGACGAGAUAACGGAGAGAACGAUAUCGUCUGUGGAAUCGACAGUAGGCUCGCCGUCGUCUAUCGACGUACGAGAAUCGGAAACGGAAGAUGGCCAGUGGCCCCGAAGGUUGCUAACGCCCGGAUCAGAUAUAUCAGAAACUUCAGUGGAGAUCCCAAUGCAGCCCUCAAUUCAGCUUUCUGUUAGUGAUCUAUCUCAUAAUAAUAGUUAAAAGAUUAAGUUAAUAACUAAUGCUAAUACAAGAUUGAUAGAGAGCUAUGGACGCUAAGGUGCAAUAGGAAGACACCAAUUGAUCAAAAAAGUUUUCCGACUCAUGUGAUCUGGUUUUGUGCUAAUGUUACACAUUUGAAAGGACUAAUUGGUAUUGAAAAUGGCUUAAUAUCAUGUGCGUGUUAGAAACAUUCACAAAAUAUGUAAAUAUUUCACUAAGUGUGACUGAUCAUUGAGCUAUUCAUCUCAACAUUUUUAUUAAUUAUAUAUGCACAAUGCAUGUUUACUCUUAAGGAUUUUAAAUGUAAAUUAAAAAUUUAUUAUAACUAUAUGAUAUUGUUGGAUCAUAUUUGUAAUAUAUGAAAGUUAGCUAUAUUGUAAUAUUUUUUUAUGUCAAUCAAAAUUGUGGAUAAAUUAGCAUUACAUACUUACAUCGAGACAUUUAUAAAUUAUCAUUAUAAAUUACAAAACAUUUAUAGAAAUACUAUGUAUUUGCGUUAGUUUAUUUGCCUGAUGGAGGAUUUAAAUAAAUAUUUAAAGCCUACAGUGCUAGGUUUGUGUUGGUCGUAUAAAUCCUCGCGUAAACGAAAUGACUAGAAUAUUAGACCAUCAUAUUUUUUAAGUUCGAAGGUUGGUUGUGUAAAUAAUUAUUAAAUAAGUAUGUUUCAUACUUUUAUAUAUAUUUAUAGAGGUAUAUAUUUUUACGUGAUUUAACACGUUUUUAAUUUCCACAGCGAAAUUUUAAUUUACAAACGUACUAUACCAUCAAAUAACAGUAGAGUGCAAGAUUUUUGUGACGCGAGUAUGAUAGCUAUCACUCUCAUAGUGUUUAUGAAUACGACCGAAUUAUUUAUAUUUCUACUAGCCUCUUACGAGUAUUGAAUAAUUAGUUCAUGACACAAAAUCUCGAUCCAGCCAAUAUUGCCUGUUUUAAGCAAAUAAAGUGAUGGAAAUAUGUAGCUAAGUCAAUACAAUAAAUGUAGGUCUCGAUGGUACUCUCUGAUUAAUAGACAGAAUUUGGUAAUCGAAUUGUUAGAAUAUGAUUAUCGUAAUCUAGAAAUAUUAAGUACAAUAUUUGUUGAUGUAAUUUUUAAACUGAGUUUGAAGUGCACUGAUAUGUGUAAUAUAAUGAAGUGAACUUCUAUGUAGUUUAAAACUUUAAUAAAUAAAAACAUUUUA